AUGGACUACUUCCAGCGCAAAGAUACGCACGAUCCCGAAAAGGCCCCGCCUCUGAACCCCCCAGCGGGCGACCUGCCAUCGGAGGAAGCUAGGCGCUUGGCCAAAGGGAGAAGAAUUUUGGGAUGGUUCAUCUUCCUCGUCUGCGGCAUAUUACUGUUCAACAGCCGUGUCCGUGUCACCGAACGAGACCUCACUCCAGCGCGUCAGGACUCUGGCCAACCGUGGUAUUGCAGUCAAUCUGCGAUAUGGGAAAAGACUCCGCAUUGUGAAGGUCGGGACCGCGACGAAGCUUCCUUUCGCGUCACACAACCAAUCGAGCUACCGCUCAACGCUGGCGACAUCUUGACAUUGUCUUCAUGGGGGCUCCCGGAACCAUUUGGCGGGACACUGGACAUCUCGCAGACUGCCGACGCCGGUUCGAAUCAGACUCUUGUGGACAUCGAGGUCCUUUACCCCGCCGGUGGCGCGGAUGUGAUUCGUGACGUGAGCGCCUUGAGGGUGUGCAGUACCAACCCUGUGAAGGGCGAAUGGCGUCUCAACAUCUUCAGCUCGGACUGGUUCGAACCAAACGUCCGAUUGAAGAUGCACGUACGCUUGCCGGCAGCCCAAUGCCACUCCCCUCUCAAGCUGAAAGCCCUCACGGCAAACCUUGCCAACUUUGAUCUUCGCCUACACGACCUUGCCACCUGCGCGCACUUCGAGGCCAUCGAUAUCAUGACCACGAACGGAUCAAUCCACGCCGACGCCCUCGCAGCGGACACGAUCUCGCUCGCCACGGACAACAAGCCAAUCCACGGCACCUACAACACCACGAAAUCGCUUCUCCUCAAGACCACCAACGCCGAGAUCGCGGUCCGCGCGAACCUCUUCAACGACGCCAGCCCUGGUGGGCGCCCGACGACCGUCCACAUGCAUACCACCAACGCCAUCCUCGACAGCCAGAUUGGCCUGUACUCCUCCGCGCACGGCCGGUCGGGCGGGAACUUCCUCACUAUCGUGCGCACCUCGAACGCGCCGCUCGUACUCUCGUUCCUCGACCACCCCGUGGACGGGCGGCUGCAGGCGGCGGUGCGGACGACGAACAAGAACGCGGCGGUGUCGCUGCACCCGGCGUUCGAGGGCUCGUUCGCGGUGCGGACGUCGAACGCGAGCCCAGAGGUGGAGUAUGACGAUGCGGUGGAAGACCCCGCGGGUGAGGGUCGUAAGCGGCGCUUCGAUCUGCAGCAUCAUACGGAGUCGUAUCUCAGGGGCCGUGUGCACUGGGGAGAUAAUGACGAGGAGAAGGAGAAGGAGGGGAGGGUGACGGUGACGACGACGAACGCGGUGGUCAAGGUGGAGUUGUAG